AUGAACAGACAUGCUUGGUUCCUCAAACUCGGCCUCACCACAAACCCCACAAUUGUAACUCGACUCAUCAACGAUUACGUUUAUUACCCAACUCCGAGCUUAUUAAGUCAGGCACACCAACUGUUUGAUGAAGUUCCCUCCAAAGACACACCUCUAUGGAACUCUCUCAUCUCCGCCUACACUCGCUUCAACCACCCUCACAAAGCUCUCCAACUAUUCUCUCUCAUGAUCCACCAACACCACCCCACCUCCCAACCCAACCACUUUGUCUUCGCCACCGUUGCCCGCGCCAUCGCUUCUUACCCAGAAAAACUUCAAUUGGGUCUAGCCAUCCACGCCCACGUAACCAAAUCCGGAUUUAUACCCAACAAUGUCGUUCUUGAGACUGCUCUCUUGCAUAUGUAUUCAAAAUGUUGUCUUGUGAAUCGUGCAAGGAAGUUGUUUGAUGAAAUGCCACAUAGAAAUUGGGUUGCUUGGAAUGCAAUGAUGGCUUGUUAUGUCCAGAAUGGGAUGGAAUUUCGUGGGUUGGAGUUAUUUUAUCGGAUGAAGUGUUGUGAAUUAAACAUGCCCAAUGAAUUUAUUGUUACGACUGUAUUAGCGGGUUGUGUGUGGGCACAAGAUUUAAUUUUCGGUUUGCAAGUCCAUGGGUACGCCAUUGUUAGUGGGUUUGAGUCGAAUUGUGUGAAGCUGAUCAGUAACAUGUACUUUCACUGUGGGGAUGUGUCUUCUGCCGAGAGAAUUCUGAAUGGAGUGGAAGGGAAUGCCACUUCGAAACUUAUAAUGAUAAGAGGUUAUGCUUUUAAUCAAAGAUACCAACAUGUGAUGAACUAUGUUGCUUCUGAGAAUGACAUUGCCAGACUUUUUGAAGUGGAUUAUACAAUCAUUUUGCCUCUUUUGACUGCAUGUGCAAAGCUCUGUUUACUCAAAGUUGGAAAGCAACUUCACGGUCUCUUUAUUACUUCAUCUAGUUUUUAUCAUAGCUGUGACACGUUGGAAGAUGGUGCAAUUAUCGGAAGUGCUUUAAUUGAUAUGUACAUUAAGUGUGGUAAUUUUGGUGAAGCUCGAAAAGUUUUUCAUACUUGGCUGACUGCACAACACAUUUUCCUUUGGAAUUCAAUGAUUUCAGGUUAUAUAUAUAAUAAUUUGAUUGAAGAUGCUAGGAUUUUGUUUGAAGAAAUGCCAGAGAAAAAUGUAGUUUCUUGGACAAGCAUUAUUUCAGGGUAUGUGCAGAAUGGUAUGCCACAAGAAGGUUUAAAUUUACUAGUCAAAAUGUAUUCUAAUGAGGAUAGGCUUAGGGUGGAAGGAAACUGCUUGACAAUUGUGGUAGGUCUUGCAGCAUGUAGGGAUUUGACAGAUUUGGAAAGGGGAAAACAGCUCCAUUCGAAACUCAUUCGAACACUGACAAAUGCGGAUAUCAAUAACGUGGCUGUAGGAACAGCUUUGGUUGACUUGUAUUCUAAAUCAGGUAAUUUGAAAUAUGCACAAACCGCGUUUGAUUUGAUGUUGGAGAAAAAUGUGGCUGCAUGGACUUCUAUCAUUACCUGCUACGCUGUUCAUGGAUUUGGAUUUCGAGCGCUAGAAAUUUUCCAACAGAUGAUGGAAAUGGACGUUGAACCAAAUGAGGUGACAUUUGUGUCUGUAUUAAAUGCUUGUAGCCACUGUGGUUUGGUAGGUGAAGGUUUGCAGUACUUUAAGUUGAUGAGAGAGAAAUAUAAGUUAAUCCCGGAAGAAGAUCACUACACAUGUUUGAUCGAUAUGUUGGGACGUGUUGGAAGGCUCGAGGAUGCGUGGUGCUUGCUGGAAGAGAUUGAGGACCUAGAAAUGAGCAAAGGAUGCUCUACUGGUACCGUUUGGACCGCAAUGCUUGGUGCAUGUAAAUUGCAUGGGAAUGUGGAAUUGGGAAGGAGAGUAGCUAAGAAGAUGCUAGAAAGUGAGAAAGAAGACACUACAACUUAUGUUACUCUUUCUAGUGUUUAUGCGGCUGCAGGGAUGUGGAAUGAAGCAUAUGGAGUAAGAGAGAGUUGGAGGAAAGUUGAUAAUGUAAACAGAAAGCCUGGCCUUAGCCGCAUCUGCACAGACCUGUUAGUUUCUUGA